AUGUCGUUCUUCCCAAGAGGCUUCAUCUCUGACCCCGACUACUCCACUUUCACUCCUCUCUUCCGUCUACUUGAUGAGUACGGGGACUAUCAAUCCUCCGCAAACCGACCACUCCAGCGGAGCACCGUCAGGACUUUCUCGCCCAAGUUUGAUGUUAAGGAAGUCCCCGACGCUUACGAACUACAUGGCGAGCUGCCUGGCAUAGAACAGAAGGAUGUCGAUAUCGAGUUCACCGAUGCAUCCACUUUGACCGUCCGCGGCCGGAGCGAACGCUCCUACACUUCCGGCACUCCACCACCCGGCGUGAUUGAAGAACCCAAGGCCAGAGGGGCCCUCCCGGAGGGUACCACAGGCGGCAAGGCUCAACAGGCUACCGUCGAAGACGACAAGUCCGAAGCCCAAGUCACUAAAAAAGCCGAGCCCAAGGAGCCUGAAGCCAAAUACUGGGUCUCUGAGCGCAGCGUCGGCGAGUUCUCACGAUCAUUCAGCUUCCCUGAGCGCAUCGACCAGGACCAGGUCCGCGCUUCCAUGAAGAAUGGCAUCCUAAGCAUCAUCGUCCCCAAGGCCAGGAAGCAGGAGAGGCGCAAGAUCACCAUCAGCUAA